GUUGAAAAUUCCACCCUGAAUUCUCAAAGCACAUCCCUGAUGAAUCAGAAUGCCCAGCUGUUGAUCCAGCAGUCUGCUCUGGAGAACGAGAACGAGUGUGUGCUGAAGGAGCGUGAGGACCUGAAGUCGUUGUACGAGGCUCUCCUCAAGGACCACGAGAAACUGGAGCACCUGCACGAGCGCCAGGCUGCAGAGUAUGAGUCCCUGAUUGCUAAACAUGGAACCCUGAAAUCUGCCCACAAAAAUCUGGAGGUGGAGCAUAAGGACUUGGAGGAUAGGUACAAUCAGUUGCUCAAACAGAAAGUGCAACUGGAGGAACUGGAGAAAGUUCUCAAGAUAGAACAGGAGAAGAUGUUGCAGCAAAGUGAAAAACAUGAAACCGUGGCAGCAGAAUAUAAAAAACUUCGUGAUGAAAAUGAAAGGCUCGCUCAUACAUAUAGUCAGCUCUUGAGAGAGAAUGAAGUGCUUCAAACUGACCAUAAGAAUUUGAAAACACUGUUGAACAAUUCUAAACUGGAGCAAACACGAUUGGAAGCUGAGUUUUCUAAACUCAAAGAACAAUACCAGCAACUGGAUAUUACAUCAACAAAAUUAAAUAAUCAGUGUGAGCUGCUUAGUCAGCUUAAAGGAAACCUGGAGGAGGAGAACAGACAUCUACUAGAUCAAAUUCAGACUUUAAUGCUGCAGAAUAGAACCUUACUCGAGCAGAAUAUGGAAAGCAAGGAUCUCUUCCAUGUGGAGCAAAGGCAGUACAUUGACAAGCUAAAUGAAUUAAGGCGACAGAAGGAAAAAUUGGAGGAGAAGAUAAUGGAUCAGUAUAAAUUUUAUGAGCCAUCUCCACCAAGAAGAAGAGGCAACUGGAUUACUCUGAAGAUGAGGAAGCUGAUCAAGUCCAAGAAGGAUGGUAACCGCGAGCGUUUGAAGUCUGUGACCCUCACGCCCACGCGCUCGGAAUCCAGCGAAGGCUUUCUGCAGCUGCCCCACCAGGACAGCCAGGAUAGCUCCUCGGUGGGCUCAAACUCCCUGGAAGAUGGCCAGACCUUGGGGACCAAAAAGAGUAGUAUGGUUGCACUGAAAAGACUGCCCUUUUUGAGGAACAGACCGAAGGAAAAAGACAAAAUGAAGGCCUUCUACCGUCGCUCCAUGUCCAUGAAUGACCUGGUGCAGUCCAUGGUCCUGGCAGGAGGACAAUGGACAGGUAGUUCUGAGCAUCUGGAGGGUCCUGAUGAUAUAUCCACGGGUAAAAGGAGGAAGGAAUUGGGAGCUAUGGCCUUCUCUACUACAGCUAUCAACUUUGCCACUAUCAACUCCUCCACAGGCUUCAGAUCCAAGCAGUUGCUAAAUAAUAAAGAUACUACAUCCUUUGAAGAUGUAAGUCCACAAGGUAUUAGUGAUGAUUCUAGUACAGGAUCAAGAGUUCAUGCUUCCAGGCCAGCCAGCCUUGAUAGUGGCAGAACAUCCACUAGCAAUAGCAAUAACAAUGCUUCACUCCAUGAAGUCAAAGCAGGUGCAGUUGGCAGUCAGAGCAGGCCACAGAGUCACAGCAGUGGAGAGUUCAGCCUGUUCCACGAGCACGAGGCCUGGUCCAGCAGCAGCAGCAGUCCCAUCCAGUACCUGAAAGGCCACACCAGGUCCAGUCCUGUGCUCCAGCAGAGAACACCUGAAGCACUGGACAGCCGUGGAAAACAGAUCAAAACAGGAUCUCCUGGAAGUGAAGUUGUUACUCUGCAACAGUUCUUAGAAGAAAGCAACAAGAGUAACUCCAGUGAGAUGAAAUCUGCAAGUGAAGAGAACCUUUUAGAUGAAGUCAUGAGGAGCUUGUCUGAGUCUGCAGAGCUGGCAGUGAGGGAAAAGCCCCGAAAACAGACAUCUGCUGGGUGUGGCAUCGUGAGGUCGAUGAGUGUCAAAGCCACAGUGGAUUUCUCAGAUGGACGAUCCCUCAAACCAGAACAGCUCGUAAGGCCCAGCCUCCGUAAAACUGAAGAUACCUACUUCACUAGCUCUCCAGUCAAAUUUACAGCUGGCACCCAAGGGAAGGCCAAGUCAGUGAAAGAAAAGAUCCAGGCAACAAUGUCCCAGCGACAAUCCAGAGAUUGCAAUCCUUAUGCCACCUUACCUCGUGCUAGCAGUGUGAUUUCCACAGCAGAAGGAACUACCCGAAGGACGAGCAUUCAUGAUUUUUUGUCUAAGGACAGUAGGUCACCUGUAUCCAUUGAUCCAGCACCAGCCAUCGCUGACAGGAGUGCUCCAUCCACCUCCAAUGUGGAAGCUAUCCCAGAAAGCAGAAAUUCAAAAAGCAGGUCUAGGGAGCAACAAAGCUCCUAAUUCUAUUACCCACUACCUGAGCUGUGGGCCAAGUGAGAGAAAAGUGUCCUUCAGUAUCUCAGUGUGAAGCCUUUAUAUCUGAAGUAACAAGACAGCGACUGUAGGAAUCAUUAAUAAAAAGUAAGGGAAUUUUGUACGUUCUUCGUGACUAGAGCAGGCAAGAAAUAAAAAUCUACCUACCUACCUUCCUUCCUUCCUUGAAUCAAGGAGCUCUACUGGAGUCUACUGCCGAAAAUGUGUAGAUGGUCUUAGGAAUUAUUGCACAUUGCACUGUUAAGAUCUACUGAAUAAAGGACAGUUCUCAUCUCCCUAAGGACCAAGGAUUUUAAGGUCUCAAGAAUUACUCCAGGGGAAAAAAAA